CUCUCUCUCUCUCUCUAUGCAUUAUAUAUCUAUCUAUCUCUCUCUCACUAUGUAAUGAUGAUGGAAGCACUACCGCAGCCUUAUGUAUGUCCAAACCAGACAAUAAUUAAGGUCUUACGUUAUUAAGACCAUUACUUUUCACUCUUCACACCCUAAUUAAUUUCCUGCUAAGCUGGGGAUCAGAUCUUUCAUGUCUGAUCUCUCUGCUCGAAACUUAGGGCAAACAAAAAUGGCGGAGAGUGUUGUUGACUUGAACAUGAUCCCUGUGGAUGAUGGGGAAGAAGAAGGGAUUAUAAUCGACCCGAAAACGAGCUCGAGCUCUAACAACCACAGCGUGGAUGAUCAGGAGGACGAGAUCACCACCACGAGUAACGAUGGCAACGGGAGCAGCAACACCGCCGCCGGUAGCGGCGGCGGUGUUCGACAGUACGUGAGAUCCAAGGUUCCGAGGUUAAGGUGGACUCCUGAUCUCCACCUUUGCUUUGUCCAAGCUGUCCAACGCCUCGGGGGUCAAGAGAGAGCGACGCCCAAGCUCGUUUUGCAGCUAAUGAAUGUUAAGGGACUAAGUAUUGCCCAUGUCAAGAGCCACCUACAGAUGUACAGGAGCAAGAAGGUUGAUGAUCAUGGCCAAGUGAUAAAUGAGAGAGCUGGAUAUCAUACGGGGAACGCAAACAAUCUUCUGCAAAACCUCUGGCGAUUACCCAUGUUUGAUCGGAGAAUUAGAUCCAACUUCAGCAGGUACAUGAACAAUUCUUGGAGCUGCAGCAAUGCAAACUGGAUGUCUGCAAGGAACAAUUCGAUCAUCAAUGGCGGUUUUGGGAUGAACAAGAACACGAUCUUCACAGGCCCAGAGUGUAAAAGAGGCCAUGAAGCCCUGAGAGAACCAAAUAAUAAUGGGAAACCAACACAGUUCAUCAAUGGAGUUUCUAAUUCCCCAGACAUAAUAAAAUGGAGCAGUUUUAGCCCUGCAAAUGCAAUGAAGAGAAACGGGGCGGGGGGCGAAAAGGGGGUGGAUUUGAACCUCACGUUGAGCAUGAACUUGAAGAGAGAGAGAGAACAAGAUGAGGGCAACAUCAGGCACUGCAAGAGGAGGUGUUUGGAUGGAGGAGAAGAAGUGGACAGUUCAUUGUCUCUCUCAUUGUCAUCUUCAAGAUCUAAAUUUGCUUUCUGAAUUGAUGUUAUUGAUCCAACUUUAGGAAGUUAAGUAAGUAUGAUGAUGAUUUGAGGAUUUUAAGGUAAGGUUUUUAGAGUUUUUGAGGAAUCCAAGAUUUGCAAGUACUCUGGAUCUCAUCACAGCACCAAUUCAUCACCAGGAAUUGUAGUGAUGAUGAGAUGUUGUUGGUACUUGCAAUGAGGAUGUAUUUAUAUUUAUACAUAAAUAUAUGUUGCAUGUUGUUUAAGGAUCAUAUCAUAUGAUGAUGCACUGUACUGUUGUUCUUCACUUUUAGCUUCUGCUUAAUUAAUUGUAGUGAUUCAUCAGAUCAA